GUUGUGGCCGUUACACGUCUUCAUUUCGGUUUGAGUCAGUGUGUAAACCGCAUCUACGUAUGCCCGAUCCGUCCCUUUGUUAGCUACGUCCUAGAAUAGGCUCAGGGUGAUCUCGCUGCGGCACGCCCAUUAGCUCUUCCGUCUGCCCCGUCACGACCCGGCUUCGAGGCGUCACCCCUCGAACAAUUAUACAAGAAGGUACUCCUCCCCCCACAGCUUCAAAUCGUACCGCCCUCGCCGUCUCUGCCAGACCAGCAGACCACGGUCGAGUUUUUCUCUCUUCGCAGCUCGUUCCCCGACAGCAGAUCGUCCAGCCCGGAUUCACUGCUUAGCGUCGAGCUUACAUCAACGCAACCGCGAGCAUCUAAGGCUUCCGAUACUGCCACUGAUCGGCAUCGCGAUCCUAACCGAGCUCGAGACCUUGAAGAUCCAGUCACUCGCCUCCAACGAGAGUGCAGCUAUUUGCGAUUACGCCUCUCUACUGCUUCUCGAGAGCAGGAACGUGCAGCCCUGACUCGCAAGCGACCAGAGAGUAUCUCCACCACGUCUUCGAAAACAGUGGUCGGCGCCGAUCCCGGGAUCCGUGCGCCACCGUCCUCCGCCCGCACGCCGCCAACGCCCCUCCUUGGUUUCCCCGCCGAACCAAAGUCGCCGUCCACGGGAUACAACACUGCCACGGAGUACUUCAGCACGACGACGACAACGCGGAAGGAGACCGGGGAGACGGUGACGUUUACACGCACGGAGGUGAUGCAGGUACGCUCCCAGCCGGCUGAAGCGAGCCCUCCGCAUCAGCAGAAGUACGAGCGCUGGCUGCCCUCCGCGAGGGCGCAGGAGGAGCAGACACCGCUCGCGAGGCGCCAGUCACAGCGCCAACCCCAGCCGCAGUCUGGGCCUCUGCCGCCUAAGCGCGGGCAGCAGCAUCAGCCGCAACAGCACCAAAAUCAGCAACCAUCCGUCCAGCGCCAGCUGCAGGGCCCUCGCUCCCCACCACGUCGCAACGCGGAGUUCCAGCAGCCCCAGCAGCCCCAUCCCCAGCAGCAGCAGCCUCAGCCGCGACAUCGGAGUCAUCGCAGGACAAACCACGGCAAUCGCAGAUCGUACGCCUCGACGACCUCGGCUUCCGCGUCUCCACCCGUCGCGUCUCCUCCCCCACUGCCCGUACCUGUGCCUAACAUGCCUGGUUAUGAGUCUCCUCCUCGACGCAUGAAACCUGUGGAGCUGUGCAAACAGCUCGAGCGGUCGCUGAAGGAGGUGCAGGAGCUGUUGCGAACAAGGGAGAAGGAGGUUGAGGUUUUGAAGCAGCAGAGGGAUCGUAUUUUGGUCGAGAGGGAGAGGGAGAAGGACAAACGGCUCGACUCGGAGAGAGCGGAAUCCGAGAGGGUGCGAGAGGUUGACAUGGUGAGGAGAGAGCUAGAGAGCGUCAAGCGCGAAAGAGACCGCCUCGUCCUCGAACGCGAGCGCGACAAGCAGCUCGAGCGGGAACGCGAGAGGGAACGCGAGCGCGAGAGACAACGAGAACGGGAGCGUCAGACCCGAGAGCGCACCGGGUCCAUCCGUCGUUCACGUUCGCAAGCACCAUCGUCCAUCUACUCGUCGAUGACUACUGAGACCGAGACGAUCGCUCAUGCACGCAGUCUCGACGUCUUCCUCACCAAGACCGACUCGUGGUCGGGCGCGCAGGUUAUCCAGGCCGUGGAGGAUCUCAACGCUGAAAUUACUCACUUUGCUGCGUCUGCCACGGAGUCAUGCGUCUUCCUUCCCCGCAACGCCUCUGUGAGGCGACGAGGUCGUGGUCAACCUCCGCCGGGCUCGCAAGCGACGAUGGGAUUGGAUGAAGCCUUGGAUAUUGUGCCAUGGCUGAGCCCUUCGCUUGCGAAGGUUCUCACAACACAUGAACACUCGACGGAUCCGUUGUUGGUACAGCUUGCGUUGCAGGCCAGUGUCGCUACAUGCUGUGCACGGAGCCUGAGUCUGUUCUGUGUGGGUUUCCCGGCGAAGCUCGACGGCCUGCUCGGCAGGGUCUACGCGCAGCUGGCCGUCACAGAGCCGCAACCGACUUCUUCGCGCUGGCGUGCUCUCACGCACCGCUCGAUCCGCACCCUCUACCCUGGUCUCGAGGAAUAUGCCAUUACCGAGCUGGUUGCCACCAUGCUCAAGUGGGCAGCCGCCGUUUUCGAUGCUUCAGGCUGCAGCCCCAAGGACAAGUCCGAUUCGUCCACAUCCAUCCUUCGCUCCCAGCUCCGGAGGAUCGCCGAGGCCGUGUACAAGCUCUCGCUCGUCACCCGGGAGGACAUCCUCUCGACGAACUUCGAGGUCGUGCUCGCCGAGACCGGCGCUGUCUUCGAGGGCGCCAACAUGAGCAACGCCUUCUCCGAUGGACAUGCUCCAGGCGCGAGUCGGGAGGGCGAGAAGGUGCUUUGCACCACAGAGCUCGGGCUCAAGUGCGUCACCCGCCGCGGAAAGAACUAUGGUUCCGCAGAGAAAGAUGACGGCGAGAGUUUUGAACGGAGACUGCUACUCCAACCAAAAGUCGUUCUUGAGGAGGCAGUUGACGCUAUCGUUGGUUGAUCCAGUAGUGCUAGCACUUGCGCAAGCUAUCGUCCAAAAUUAGUACGAACACUCUUAAUUUAUCCUAGCCACUCAUGCCAUUUUCAUGAUUUUUUGUAUCUACUCAUGACUCAUGACACUACGAGUCUCCACUUUACACUAUGCUAUCGCACUAUAUC